AUGAGUGACGAAACCAACCCUGAGCUCUCUCCUGCAGUUUUUCACACCAUUCCAUUGCCAUUUGGAGACGAUGAUGAUGACGACGAUGACGACGAGAAGACAUUCACCAAGACAGCUGAGGAGGGAAGUAAAACCGAGCUCUCCAGCACCACCGGUGUACUUGAAAAUGCUAUUCAAGAUUGUUUUCAAAUAGCCAUCAGAAACCAUGAUGCUAAGUCCGUGGAAGAAGUUGAGAAGGCUGUGUGGCAUUGGAAUCCUUCAGCAUCCAAUGAUGAUGAAACACCCCUGGAUUUUGAAACAGAAAAACAUGCCCUACAAACGUGGGUUCCUCGUCCACUUUUUCUUCCUUCGUGGGCCGCAAAUAAUCAGGGAGUAAGCAAGUAG